UCACACAGCCCUCUGAGGGUUGGCACAGCCCCCUGAGGGGUCACACAGCCGGGCUCUGGUGUGCAGAGCAGGCGGGUGAGGCUUCAGCAGCAUCUGUGGCCAUGGCGUGGGCACAGUGGUCCAUGGCCAGCAUCGUCCUCCUGGCUCUCCAGAGAGCCCUGACAGUCCUGGUGUCCCUGGUGAUCCUGUUAUCCCUGAUAGCCCUGCUAGCCCCCAGGGCCCAGUCCCCCGUGGGUGAGUCAGGACCAUCAGGAGCAGCCAUGGAUGGAGGCAGUGAAGAUCCAGGUGCUGGAUCUGACUCUCCUGGAUUCUACGUGGCUUUUGAUUUGUUUUGGGAACUGCCAGCUCAAGGCCCAAAUGUAAGCGAGGCAUCUCCUGCAGGUUUGAAGAAUAAAACUGGAUUGGGAAACAUUUCCUGGCCAUUAAUGGAACAGUCUGAAUUCAUUACUUUACUGAAGGAAACACCUCCAGUGCUGAAUGCCGAGCCUGUGGAUAAGGAGGCACCUCAGGAAGGUCGUCAGGCAGUGCCAGUCCCUGGGGGAAGCAGUGAGGCCCUUCAGCCAACGGGGAUUUCAGAGCUUUGGGAAUAUCCUCCAGGUGUGGAAAAGAGAUUCAGCAGUGCUGAGGACACCAAGACAGACCCAAACACUGUGGAGGAUAUGGCAAGCACAGGCAUAGUUGAUGCUGAAAUCACCUGGAGUGUUAGAAGAGUGUUCCUUGUGUCUGUGGUCUGCAGCCUGAUUGCUCUGCUGCUGCUCAAGGUGGCCCCUGCAUGGGCAAAAGACAUAAAAAAGCACCUCACGGUUUUGAGAGCCAAUUCUGAGCUCCUGGACAGUGAGACCGGAGACAAGGAAGUGGCAGAAAUCUGAAUAAAGAUAAGAAGCA